AUGAAGAGUGUGAACGUGAUAAGCCAUUUGAGGAAGACACUACUUACUGAUAACACGAUACGGAAGCCUACGAGUAGGUUGUGCUUCAUGCAGGCCGAAACCAUGACUAUGGAAACCUCUGUCCAGGUGUCUACGCCAACAACGACUCCCAAUCUGUACCCCGCAGGAACGGCACCAGUAAAAGCAGAAUACCUGAUAUCUAAAACACCGCAGUUUGUUGCGGAUGACGACGCAGCUGAAGGAAACACGACUGGGGACCGUGGACAACGUCACGACGCACGAGAUGGCACACCCGAUACACGGGGACCGAUACGAGGAGGAAAGAUGACGAAAGAGCAGAAGAAGGCGCGCCAGGGUCAGAACAAGGCCCGCAAAUUUGGGAAAGUGAAGGAUGAGCUUACAUUGUGCUGGAAGGUUGCCAAUGGGUCGGUCUGUGAAUUUGGGGCCGAUUGCCGGAAUACCCAUGACAUCACAUCAUACCUCGCAGCCAAACCUCCAGACCUUCGCAUCCCAGAAACAUCUGGUUUCUCAGAAGAACCACCAUACGCUCCUGAUGCCGGAUCGUUGCGGAAAAUACAUCCUGCGUACCCUUCACUGGACCUAAACACCGUAUGCCCAAUCUUUGCAGAGACUGGAGAAUGCGGAUACGGGUUUAAAUGUCGAUUCCUUGGAGGUCAUAUCCGCAUCUCGGAGGAGUCGGGAGAGCUUUCUCUGGUCACGGACGAAGACAAAAAAGCGCAGGCAGCGGUGACCGCAAAGGAGCUUAACUUUGUUGAAACUGACGUGCAAAAGGCGCUGCGCUCGCGAAAAUACCCACUUCCAAUCUCAGAUGCUUACCUUCGCCAACUGGCCCUAGAGAACAACGAGCAAAAUCCCAAAUCAAAACCUGUCCCAGAUUCCAAUUCAGUAAUCAUUGGAGAACCUGAACAAGAUAUGGAGGAUGUCGAGAUGACUGCUCCGGUACCAGUGCCUGCGUCUGGCGUUGUACCCCCCAUUGACUCGAACACGAGCAUGGAAACCUCAACUGCACCCAAACCAGUUCCUGUUCCUGAGGCCGAACCUGGAGCUGCGCCCGUGUCCGCUCCUGAACCAGUACAAACGGAGUUGGUGGCAAAGCGCACUGGGGAUACUCUACCUUUGUCGAGCCAAGUAGAUUCACCAGAUGCCAGAAUUCGCUUCUCGGAGAAGAAGAGGUUGCACUGGAAAGGAAAGACUUAUUUGGCGCCUCUAACUACUGUUGGCAAUUUGCCAUUCCGCAGGCUAUGUGUAGAUUUCGGUGCCGAUAUCACUUGUGGAGAGAUGGGACUCGCAACAUCCUUCCUCUCUGGGUCCAAAGAAGAAUGGUCGCUCGUCCGCCGACACCCAUCAGAACGAAUCUUUGGUGUACAGGUCGCAGGAAACAAACCUGCCAACCUCGUUCCUGCAGCCGAGGUCCUGGCGAAGGAAUGUGCGGGAAACAUCGACUUUGUAGAUGUCAAUUGCGGAUGUCCCAUCGAUUUGGUAUUCAAACAGGGUAGCGGGUCUGCAUUGUUGGAUACUGUUGGAAAGUUAGGCAAGAUUCUCAUUGGAAUGAACAAGGCGCUGGGAGAGAUACCCGUGACUGUGAAGCUCAGAACGGGCGUGAAGGAUGGGAAGAACACGGCACAUAAAACCAUGCCCCGGCUUGCUGCUGAAUGGAAUGUAGGCUGUAUUACGUUACAUGGACGGACGAGGCAGCAGCGGUAUACGAGACUUGCUGACUGGGACUACAUUAAACAAUGCGUGGAUGCUGUGAGAGCCCGAGAGCAAGACGAAGAUUUACCUCCUGUACCCAUAUUCGGAGGAGGCGACUGCUUCUCGUCACAAGAUUAUUGGUCCAAUGUCGAGAAAACGGGUGUGGAUGGGGUUAUGAUCGCCCGAGGAGCGUUGAUCAAGCCGUGGAUCUUCACUGAGGUCAAAGAGCACAGGGAGUGGGACAUCAGCGCGCGAGAGAGGUUGGACCUUGUUCGAAAAUACGCAGAGUAUGGGUUAAACCACUUUGGAUCAGAUACUACUGGUGUCAAUGCGACUAGACGGUAUCUAUGUGAAGCCCUUUCCUUCCAAUACCGAUACGUACCCAUCGGUAUUCUGGAGCAUCUUCCGGGCAGGAUCAACGAUCGAGCACCAGCUUUCCGAGGGCGAAGUGAUCUGGAAACUCUACUCGCCAGUCCUGAUAGCAACGACUGGGUAAAAAUAUCGGAAAUGUUCUUGGGACCCGCUCCAGAGUCCUGGAACUUUUUGCCCAAGCACAAGAGUAAUGCUUACGGUUCUGAGGAAGGACAAGGAUGA